AUGUGCCACUUUCAGGUCUCCUCACACACUGCUGGUGUGUUGAAUUUUUUGACAUAGGGUGCUGGCAGAUUAUGGGCCUCCCAUAGCUGCUGCCAGGCCCCUAAUCUGCCAUGGGCCCCCCUAUAUACCGCCUCCUCAUGCUGCUGCCAGGUCCAGAGUCUGUCAUGGGUCCCUGUACGGCCUCCCAUUGCUGCUGUCUCCAUCGCGCCACACUCUGCCAUGUGCCACUUUCAGGUCUCCUCACACUGCUGCUGUGGUCCAGAGUCUGUCAUGGGUCCCUGUACGGCCUCCCAUUGCUGCUGUCUCCAUCGCCACACUCUGCCAUGUGCCACUUUCAGGUC